UCGAUUUGUUUAUUAAUUUUCAAGAGAAUUUGAUAGCAGAAAUGAGGACAAAGUAAACAAAGAUUUUCAAACGAAUGUUCCUUCGGCAAAAACAAACAAACUCAGCUCUCCGCACACAAGAAAGGAUAAAAAUGCCUCUGCCUUUUCACCAAACAUUUGUUGGUUUGUUCUAUGAAAACGCCUCUAAAUAGCUGAAAAUAUACUUAACAUCAAAACAGCUGUUGUUAGAAUUUUCAGGAGUACGAGGCUAGAAGCGAAAAUAGGAUGAACCACAAUAAACAUCGUAUUGAGGCGGCGAGUGGACUGGGUCAGGAUCUUUGCUAUUAUAUUUCUUUUUCUUUUAUAUCGGCCUAGUAUUCCUUACUAAUUGACUAACUUCUGAGACCAGGUGGCCUAAACCACUUGCCCAACGAUACAUUCAUCAUGUUUUAUAUCAAGCACCAUUGGUAAUACAUGCCUUCAUUUAGGUGUGAGUCAAACAAUAGGACUUUAUCAUGGUAAUAAAUAUUUAUGUUAUAUAAACAUAUCAUUUCUUAUUUUCAAAGAAGAAACAUAUCAUUUCUUUAUUGGAUGAGUUAAUUACGUCAGAAGCUUACUUUAAUAACGGAAAUAAAAAUAUUUUAGAUUUACAUUGGGUAUAUAUUAUAUCAAUUACUAAUCAAGUAUUAGGAAAAUAAUGAUUACGUUGGUUGGUUGGAUAUCCGAAUUAUACAUUUCAUCUAAUCUUCACACCCACUUCUAUAAUAUAUCUUUGUCUGUAUGUAAAGUACUUUACAUAAAAAGAAUUUUGCAAUUAUGAGCUAAAUACACACUUGGAUGGUAUCAUUCAUACACGGUGAAUGACUCACAUCCAAUCAAUAAUUAUUCAGAAAAUACAAAGAAAGUAAACGUUUCUCUAUUAUAAGCCAAAGAUAAUGACAAAUGUCUACAUUAUAGACAUCAAUGAUUACAUUAGACCUCAUAUUUACACACAAACCCACUCAGCCACAAACACAAGAGAAGACUAUGGAGAUACCGUCAACAUCUCCGGCGACUCCACUCCGCCGUAGAAACUCCAUUUCCACGACGACACCUGCGAUCACCACCUUAGAAACUCCAUCUCCGUCGUUCCAUUUCGAGCUCAUCUCGCUGAAACCACCCUCUUACACAUCCCUCAGAGAUAUCAUCUCAUCUCCGAGUAACUCCUCCGUCAACUUACCGUCUAUUAACGGUAGCAGCUCUCCUGUUUUAUCCACCGUGGGAGAUAUCUCGAUACGCAACCCACUCGUUAAGCAAGCCGCUUGGUCUUAUCUCCAGCCAACGGCGUUGACUUCAUCGGAUGACUCGCCUGGGUGUUCUCAGUUCCUCCGCCGCGUAUGGCUCCACUUCUCCGCCGGGAUACAGUUCUUGAAACGUAUGUUUGACUGGAUUGUCCGAUCAAUCUGUAUUCCUCAGAUUGUUAAGUAGCUUGCCCUAUACGUUUGAACACAAGUGUUUGUAUACAAUAAAGUGUUACCAGAAUCCAAAAAUAUUAUCAAGAAAAGAGUUUUUGAUUUCUUGAAUUCUUCAAAGUCUAUUAUUACAUAAAGUCUCCAAGACAUAUCCAUGUUCCUAUAAUGUAAGCUUGACCAACCUGUUGCUUGUAAGACAAUGGAAGGAAGAAGAGACUGUU